AUGUCCAUCACUUAUAAUUUUGCCGGUAAAGUGGCCCUGAUCACUGGGUCGAGUUCGGGUAUCGGUGCGGCCAUAGCCUUACUGUUUGCCAAAUCGGGAGCCAAUGUUGUGGUGACGGGUCGUAACGCCGGGCGAGUGUCAGAAGUGGCCAAACAGUGUCUCGACGUAUCGCCCGAUGGCUUGAAAGCGCUGGAAGUGGUGGCAGACGUGACCAGAGAUGAAGAUCUUCAGCGACUAGUCGACACAACUAUCACUACUUUCGGCAAAAUAGAUGUUAUGGUGAAUAACGCGGGAUCAGCUCUAAAGGCAGACAUCACUGCCACUGAUUUCAUGGAUAACUACCGACAAGUAUUUAAGACAGACUUGGAUUCCGCGCCUCAAUACUCACCGUAUUGUAUGUCAAAGUCAGCGCUGGAUAUGUUUACCAAAUGCAUGGCCUCGGAGUUGGGACCCAAAGGCAUACGCGUUAAUAGCGUUAGUCCCGGUGCUGUUAAAACAAACUUUUCAUUGAACACUGGCGUGUCUCAGACCGACUCCGACCAGUUUUACGAUACAUACGCCCGACUCUACCCAAUUGGUCGGUACGGCGAGGGCUCAGACAUCGCUAAUGCGGUCCUGUAUUUGGCUUCAGACGACUCUUCAUUCAUAACGGGCUCGAGUCUGGUCGCAGACGGCGGACAUCUGGCCGCUAAUUGGUUAUCAGCCAUAAUACUAGCCAUAUGUCUGGCCGGAGCGUUGGGGGCGUCGUUGGAGACCAAACUGGCGGUACGUUUGGCCGGCGGUCGGGUAGUGGGCGGUGAGGACGCUCAGGCGGGUCAGGCCCCGUGGCAGGUGUCCAUUCAGGUGAACGGCUGGUUCGGGUGGAUGGGCGGUGAGGACGCUCAGGCGGGUCAGGCCCCGUGGCAGGUGUCCAUUCAGGUGAACGGCUGGUUCGGGUGGAGUCAUAAUUGUGGCGGUUCUCUGGCGGGCAAACGCUCGGUAGUCACCGCUGCCCACUGUGUCGACACCUACCAACCGGCUGAAUUGAAAGUAUGGUACGGUGGUCUAAACCGGGAACAACUGGCCGUAAACAACGAGAUUGAUGAAAUAAAAUACCACGAUCAGUGGAACGUACCAAGCCAAUUCGACUACGAUUACGCCGUGCUCAAUCUGAAACAGGAUAUCCAACAAACUGAGACCAUCAAAACCAUUGAGUUAACCACCGCUACACCCACCGCGGGCUUACCGGCCGACCUGACCGGUUGGGGCCGUACGGCGGGCAACAGUCAACUCCCGAUACCUCUACAGUAUCAGAGGUUGGCUAUUGUUGACUACAACGACUGUAACACCCGGUACGGGACCAUAAUGGAGGUGACACCUCGUAUGCUGUGCACUGAGCACAAGACCGCCAGCGUGUGUGGGGGUGACUCAGGUGGACCUUUGGUGGUUGCAGGUCAACUGGCCGGUAUUGUAUCAUGGACAAUGAGUGAUUGUAGACCUGAUACGACUGGCCACCCGAGCGGUUACGCCGAUGUGGCCAAUCAGCGAGCGUGGUUGACCGAGCGGAUUAUAUAAAUAUAUUUAAAAUGC